GUCCCUGCCAAUGGGCUAUGUAACGGAUAUAAAAAAUCAAAUACGGCGAUGAUUUCUGGUUUCGUUUGACGUCGCCCAAAAAAAGCUACUUAUAGAUAUAGAUGCCCGACCUCUCGACAUCACGGGGAGCGAAAGGGAAGCGGGAGAGAGAAGCCAGGCUAGGGUUUUAGGCCCUGCCAUCAUCCGAUCGGCCAUUUUUAUAUUUCUCUAGGGUUUCAUUUUGAAGAACAACAGGUCGUUGUCCUAAAAGCCAAGAGAAACAGAAAGACGAGUGGAAAGAAGAUUGGUAUAAGAAAGGAGAGGAGAUGGAAUACGCGAGUAUAGGGGGUAUCAAUAUGAAGGCGAUGUGUGGACGUCAAGCGAAUGUGAUCUCCAUGGAUGGAAGCCAUUACAGCAUCAACGGCGUACUUCCGGCGCUUGGGUCUAGGGGAAACCGCAGAGUAAAGCUCAGGCGCUUCAUUAUAUCGCCUUAUGACAAAAGAUACCGGGCUUGGGAGACUUUUCUGAUUAUUUUGGUGGUCUAUACUGCUUGGGUUUCUCCAUUUGAGUUUGGUUUCCUCACAAAGACAGUAGGAACCCUGUCUAUUGUUGAUAACAUCGUUAAUGGAUUCUUUGCGAUCGAUAUUAUCUUGACUUUCUUUGUAGCCUACCUUGAAAAAACAACCUAUCUUCUUGUUGACAAUCCCGGUAAGAUUGCGCGUAAGUACUUGAUCAGCUGGUUUAUUCUGGAUGUUAUUUCCACCAUCCCAUCAGAAAUCGCUCGAAAGAUACUUCCAGAGAAGCUCCAGUCCUAUGGGUUCUUUAACAUGCUUCGGCUUUGGCGACUAAGAAGAGUCAGUUCAUUGUUUGCUCGCUUGGAGAAAGACAGGCACUUCAACUACUUCUGGGUCCGCUGUAUAAAGCUCAUUUGUGUCACCCUUUUUGCUGUCCAUUGUGCUGGAUGCUUCUAUUAUCUUCUUGCAGCCAGGUAUCCGUACCCUAGACUUACUUGGAUUGGUGCUACCAUGCCAGAUUUUCAUGAAAAAAGCCUGUGGAUCCGGUAUGUUACAUCAAUGUAUUGGUCAAUCACUACUCUUACAACUGUGGGAUAUGGAGACCUGCAUGCUCAAAACACUAGGGAGAUGGUCUUUGAUAUCAUAUAUAUGCUUUUCAAUCUGGGCCUAACAGCAUAUCUAAUUGGAAAUAUGACUAAUUUGGUUGUUCAUGGAACCAGCAGAACUAGAAAGUUUAGGGACACAAUUCAAGCCGCUUCGGGGUUUGCACAGAGAAACCAGCUUCCACUGCGUCUUCAAGAGCAAAUGGUUGCACACCUUUGUCUGAAGUAUAGGACAGAUUCAGAGGGGCUUCAACAACAGGAGACCCUUGAUGCGCUUCCAAAAGCAAUCCGAUCCAGCAUAUCUCAUUAUCUUUUCUAUAAUCUAGUUCAGAAGGUCUAUCUAUUCCAAGGGGUUUCUAACGAUUUGCUUUUCCAAUUGGUGUCAGAAAUGAAAGCUGAAUAUUUUCCCCCAAGGGAGGAUGUGAUCCUACAGAAUGAAGCACCAUCUGAUUUUUACAUACUGGUUAUGGGCAGUGUUGACCUGAUAGAUCACAAAGGUGGAAUUGAGCAGGUUGUUGGAGAGGCAAAGACGGGCGAGCUUUUUGGAGAGAUUGGAGUACUUUGUUACAGGCCUCAGUUAUUUACAGUUCGAACCAAAAAACUGUGUCAGUUGUUGCGGUUGAACCGCACUUCAUUCCUUAGUAUUGUGCAGGCAAAUGUUGGAGACGGGACCAUAAUAAUGAACAAUCUUCUUCAGCACUUGAAAGAGCAGAAGGACCCCAUCAUGGAGGGAGUUUUGAGAGAGACUGAGAACACAUUAGCUCGGGGAAGAAUGGACUUGCCCCUUUCUCUUUGUUUUGCUGUCAUCAGAGGAGAUGAUCUGUUGUUGCAUCAGCUUCUUAAGCGUGGUUUAGAUCCAAGUGAAUCUGAUAGCAACAGCCACACAGCUUUGCAUCUGGCAGCUUCAAAAGGAAGUGAGAAUUGCGUACUUCUCUUGCUAGACUAUGGUGCAGAUCCCAACUGUCGAGAUUCAUUAGGAAGUGUUCCUUUAUGGGAAGCAGUUCUCGGCAAGCAUGAAGCUGUAAUAAGGCUGCUGAUAGACAAUGGCGCGGACCUCUCCUAUGGUGACAUGGCCCAAUAUGCUUGCACUGCGGCAGAGCAGAACAGCAUAGAACUGCUCAAGGACAUUGUCAAUUAUGGCGGCGAUGUAACGCUCCCACGGAGCGACGGGAGCACAGCUCUUCACCUUGCGGUCUGUGAGGGUAACUUGGAGAUGGUCAAGUUCUUGCUUCACCAAGGAGCUGAUUUUAACAAACAGGACUUGCAUGGCUGGAGUCCACUUGGAUUAGCCGAGCAGCAAGGCCAUCAGGAUAUUAUUUCGCUCUUUCGUACAACCAAAUCAAGUGAAAAUGAGAGCCAGCAGAAAAAGGACGACAGCCCUUCCUCUGAGUUUAAAACCUCGACAGAAGUUCGAGCUCUUGGAAGAUUCAGAAGUGAGACCUCUACGGCUAUCCGAUCUCUUGGAAGAUUCAGGAGUGAGCCGGCGAUGGUGCAAGUUUUGCAGGAAGGAAACCACCCGCCAUUGGGCGAGGGUGCUUCGAAGAGAGGUCAACAGAAGGGUAAUUUAAAUAACUUUUCAAACUCGCUCUUUGGUAUCAUGUCAGCUGCUCAAGCUGAUAGGAGUGGCAGUCCUCUUCUUUCAUCCAGAUCAACUACUCUAAGGGCUGGUUUCGGAUAUUUUCCCGGCCAUCAUCAGCAACAUAUUCAGCAGCACAACCACCACAACCGGUACCACCAUGCUCACAUCAGGCUAACAAUAAGCUGUCCUGAGAGGAGAGAUUGUGCGAGCAAGCUCGUGCUUCUCCCAAAAUCCAUUGAGGAGCUCCUCUCUCUUUGCCACAAAAAAUUUGGAUUCCAGCCUGCCAAAGUUGUUACAAAGGAUGGGGCCGAAAUCGAUGAUGUGCAGAUCAUCCGUGACGGCGAUCAUGUCUUUCUAGUGAGUAAUUCGUGGAAAGGAAAAAAUAGCAGCGUUUCAUAGUGUGAGCUAUUGUUUCAAUGUGAUGCUGAAGGAAGGAGUUGGAAGUCUUGUUUUAAGGAGUUCCAGUUCAGUUGCCAUCUUAGCAGCUCUUUGUAUGUAUUUUUGGCUCUGAAAGUUUACUUGAGUAAGCAGGCCGGUUGCGUCUAUUUUAAAGAUGCCUUUCCAAUCUUCGGAAGCAGUAUUUUUAAUCAAAGCUAUUUUUUUUUUCAGCUGUAGUGAUGUAUGAGAGCUAAUCUGGUUUAUUGUAGUUAGAAAGUGUUGCAUAUAUGUUCCAAAUAUAGAGAUAAUUUUUAUUAUGUGGAAGUCUGAUUGUG